AUGGCCCAGCAAAGCAUGAAAGUGAGGCCUGUGCUUCUGAAACGUAACAGUCUAGAGUCUGUGGAGCUGGUGAAGCAACCUCACCACCGCAGGAGCAAAUCUCAGCAGGUCCGAUUCAAGGAGGAUGGCACCAAUAAGACUCCGCCUGGUCUAGCUGAGGUGGAUGUCCAGACAUCCGAGGACCCGGCUGUAAUGGGCAAGACUCAGGCCUCCAGGCAUCAUCACCUCCCCACUUACUCGCUCUCCUUUCCCAGGUCCCAGAAGGCAGGGGGCUUUCGGAACAUCGCAAUCCAAACAUCCCCCAGUCUCAGGAAGCAUUUCCCGGUUUUCAAAAGAAAGAGACUCACAGCCAGCAAGUCCCUGGUAGAAAUGCCGACAGCAUCCCAAAGUGCCAUCCAGGUGAACGGCAAUCUCUCUGAGCAGGACAUUGUGUCCUCUGAACUUGCCUACUUACGGCUGGCUCAGCAUCUUGAGGAUGGGCCUCGAAGGGUCAAGGUGUCCCACCCGUUUCUCCCUAGAAUGUCCAAGGUGCAAAGCAAUGGGCCUGUGAGCCUAUGCUUUGAAGCUGGGACAUGGAGAGCCUUGGAGAAAGUAACAGCUGCCAUUCAGGUCCCAGAUGAUAUUUACCACAGUCCUACCUGGGCAGGAAGGGAGUCCACUUUGAGCCCAGACCGGUCUGCUGAGAUUAGCAACUCCAUACCCCCUUUGGUUGACAGGCGUCCAGGUGAUGGAAGAAGACAGCUGCCACCAGAUUCAGAAAGUAUCCCCUCCUGUUUAAAUGCCCCCAGUAGAGCCAAUCACACGCCUGGCACAGGGAACCUGCAACCCGAAUUGCUUUUGCCCAAAGAUAACUCCGACGACAAAGAUCUUGGCCCUCUGUCAUCUAGGUCAAAGGAAAGGUGUGCUCCUUCACAUCCACGGACUCACAGCUCCCCUCCACCUGGCUCCCACAGUCAGCCAGCCCAACCAGCGGGCGCUUCAGACUGUUCUUCAUUGAGUAACAAUUACCAGGAUCUGCAGUCACUCCAAACAAACAGUGAGUCAGGAUCUGCCCCUGUGUGCCAGGAGCAGACGGCAAAGAACCCCAUCAAGUCAGACAUCCCAGAGCUUCAGAACUGUCCGGGAAGCGGUCACCUCCCCUACUCUCUCCUCAACCAGGAGACCAAGCAGCAGAGGGUGACUGGCGGGAUUAACCCAAUUCACCUGGCACAGGGCGAGCUCUGCGACCUCCAGGGCAGGCUGCAAUCUGUGGAGGAGUCUCUGCACUCAAACCAAGAGAAAAUUAAAGUCCUUUUGAAUGUAAUUCAAGACUUGGAGAAAGCUCGAGCUCUCACAGAAGGGCGCAACUUUUAUCGAACCGGCCAGGAUCUCAACAACUGCAGCACCUGCCAGAACACAGCAUGCAUCAUAUACAGUGUAGAAUAUGAUUUCCGGCAGCAAGAAGGCAGGUUCCACGAAGUUCUACAGGGUCUGGAGGAAGCGGAGCUAGCUGAGGAGGCCUCUCCCCCGCCAAAGUCCCCAGCAGAGCCUCCAGUUCCCGAGAAACAGGACUUAAGGCGGAAAACCAAGAAGGUGAAGAAGAAGUGCUUCUGGUGGAUCUGA